AUGCUUGUCAGGUUCGACACUGCAAUGGCAUUUUUGGUGGGCAAGACCGUUGGUCUGCACAGCCCAAGUGUGAACCGCUUUUUGAUGUUCAGCUUCAAUGACGUGGUUGCCAGUGAGCCGACCAAUAUCAACAACUUCCCUUACGAGUGGUCCUCAGGGCGCUUCAAAGUGCAGUUUGCCGGCAAUGGCAGAGUCACCCUCUACAAUGAAGGCGAAGGUGCGUACGUGGUUGUCCAUAGCAAUGGACAUGUGAAUAUUGCGCGAAGGACCUAUCAGCAGCCGCCGCCCAAUGAGGCAGACAUGCAGUUUCAGGUUGUUGAUGUUCAGGGUGGCGGGGUUGCCCUGAAGAGUGUCCCACACAAUCGCCACGUGAGGAUGAGUGUGGUUCAGACGACGCCUGCCACGGGAUGCAUUGAGUUUGGCCACAAGGUUGUGAUUGCGCAAACAUUUGAUCACCGCAACCAGUGUGGUUGGUAUGGGUGCAGGGUGGCGUUCAUGGGAUCUGACAAUCACAUGUACUUCGGCCAUGGAGGCAUGGACCCUACGAGCUUUUAUAUCCGACCGGUUCCUGGGAGCAACCAGCAGGGCUGUGUUUCUUACGGAGACACUGUGGCCAUUGCAUAUUCUGCAGAGUCUGGAGCCAAUGGAUGUGGAUGGUACGGCUGCAGAGUCGGUGCGAUGGUCAACAACGUGUUUGUCUUUGGCCAUGGAGUUGCUGCCAAUUAUUUCUACAUCCGACCUCCACCCAAUGGGCAGACCGGCAGCGUGUCCUACGGCGACCGUGUGGUCAUCGCUUUCACUUCCAACGCUGGAGACACCAGCAACUGCGGUUGGUAUGGCUGUAGGGUUGCGGCGAUGUGGGGCAACAACCAGAUGGGAUUUGGCCAUGGAAAUGGUCUCACACAAUUCCAAUUGAACCCAUUCCCACCCACUGUCGUGGUGGACGCUUCAACAUCCCUGGGCCCUACUGAGACCUUUGAAUUGCUGACUGUAAAGCUCAUGGACGAGAAUGUGAAUGAAGAUGCGUGGGAGGUGUUUGUAGGCAUGGAUUGUGAGGGAGAGCCUUACUCCAGAGAUCGGUGCGAUCUCAGCAACUGCGAUGGCUGGGGCGGGGCCAAUGCCGAGACCUGCAAGCAGAAAUGCGACAACAACGAGGUCCCUCCAGGGUGCCCGCAGAACAUGCAGUGUCAUGCAUUUACCUGGGGUGCCAACAACUGGUGUCAGCUCUACUCCGGAUGUGAGACUCUUCACAACAACCAGGGAAUCGUGGCUUACAGGCGAGCAAAUCCCACCCUACCUGCUCUUCUCCAAGUGCAGGAUGAUGUUAGUGUGGAGAGCUUUGGGCCUGACGCAGAGUUGGCCUCGAGUUUCCCUUUUGUGAUGAUGAACUUGUCGAAUUUCUCCGGUCUCAUCACAAACGAGUCGCAUCCAGGUAUUCAGCACCGCUUCGGGAAUGUCACCAAGGACCUCAACCUGCUUUAUGAAAAGGUGGAAGGCUUCUACGCAAUCUUGCAUGAGCGCAUGGGUGCAGAUGGUCCUGUGUACUGCCCUCUUCAAUCCUACAUGCAUUUGCCAACAUGCAUCACUAUCGCAACCUGCCUGCUUCAGUCCUCGGUGCCACAGCACAUUUCCAUGGCUUUCUAUUCCAGUAUCAUGGAACAGGCGGCCAGGUUCGAGGAUGUCACGUGGCAGGUCAUUGAAUCGGCGCUGUCCUUUGAAAGCCAUGGACAACAGACACUCAUCCGCGAUGCGGUGCCCAGCAAGUACCGCUGUGACGCCUUCGAAGAGGCGUCCAAGGUGGUGGAAGGUCCUACCUAUCCGGAGCCAUCCAACCACACGGGGCAUGCGCUUGUAGAGGUUAGUCAUGGUGCCUCUAAGGCCUCAGCAACUUUGGCCUUCUCUGCAGCUUUGCACGGUGCCACUCGUUCAAUGCACCGCAUCUUGGAUUCGCAUCAUCUUAACAGCUCCCUGGACGCGACUCUGGGGAACUUGGAGGAUCUUUGGCGUCCGAUUUGUGAGCAACUCGGGUGUGACCCCAGCAACUAUUGGGAGAUUUUCUUGUCGACCCACCAGCAGACCAUGGCCCUCUUGCAGACCUCCGCCGCUGCCACGAUGCGGAAGGAGAUCCUACAGCGAGCCCAGUUGGAGCGCAGAGUUCAACGUUUCGUGGGCGAGCACGGAGAAGCCUUGCGCGGAAGGCUCUGGCGACCCUACGAGGAAGGUCCUGCUGUGGAGAGCGGCAAGGCAUAUGCUGAAAAGGGGAGAGCAGCUGUACUUCAGUUGGUCCCGGCCGUCGUGAAGACCCUUGCGAAGGUGGAUGCCCGACGAGCCAUGCGCUUCUUGGACCAGGUGGAGUUGAAGAAGUACGUUCAGCGGAAGGCUGAAAGUCAAGGCAAGAUCUUGGACUCCAAAGAGCUCUUGGAGGCCGAAGUGGCUUUGACUCUGAAGACUUCCAACACCUGGUUCAUUGACAAUUGGCCAGGGGGUUUGAAGUGCUUCGGCAAGUUCUCGCUGUUCUACACUCAGGGCUACUACAAAUCGAUUGUAAGUUCAGGUGCCUUUGGGGCUACCUUUGCUUUUGGCCUUUCAGCUGGUGUGGCCUCCUCCUUGGAACAGCUUGUCUAUGGCCUUGAGCCCGCUGGUUGGUUUUCAUUCUUCAUGAGCUUCAGUGCUGGACUGGCUGCGGGCCCACCCACAGGCCCUUGGUUCUGGUCAGGCAUGUGCGCCAGCGGCACCCUUCAGUGUGGCUGCGGCCCUUGUGAGUUCAGUCUCACCGUAGGAGCUGUUGCUAUCGUUGCUACAGAGUGGACCAAUGGACUAGUCUGCCCCAUUCGCUUCCCACCUGCAACAGGCAUCAAGUGCUCUCAAGGCGCCGGAGUGUUCUUCACCACGUUUUGCUGCAAGGUGAACAUGGUGACCGGUGCGCACGAUUGUCGAUAA